GCUCCAGUCCUCCACCACCAUCAGCCGAGAUAGAAGACGAUACUCAAACGACGAAAGUCAGUCAUCUUACCAUAUGGCAACAUCAACGGCCCUCUUUCUUUCUUACAUCGUUGGGACCACUACUCUUUAAAAAUUCCGCCGAAAAAGAGAAGACGAUUUUCCAAAUCAUUCUGGCCGUUAUCUCACGGCUCCCCUGUCUCUGCACAGGUGUAUGAGCGCUACCCUGAGGGCCUAGGGGCCGCUCUUUACCGGGAGCAGUUUGACUUCAACGCUGAGCCACCUUGGGAUCCUAGCUGAUAGCGGGACAGGUCCAUCUCCUGACUUGUCCAUUUUGUUGCAUACCGGCAGGACCCCAUUGGCUCAGUCGUGACCCCUUGACUUGUUUAUCUGUUCUAUAUGAUUGUCGGCUUAACGGAAUACGGUUGAGAUGAAAGGACUUGCUGACAAACCCAGCUACAACAUUGAACUCCUGGAGGGAGGAGUGACCCAUGAAGAUGUCAUUGACGGACACAUCUGCGAGCAGGCUCUGGUGGAGAAGAGUGCGUUUGUGGUGGGUGACCUCGGUGCCCUGAUGCGGCAGCAUGUGUGUUGGCAGAGUGCAGUGCCACAGCUCCAGCCCUACUACCCAGUCAGGUGCAACAGCAGCCCUGCAGUCAUCGAGGUGCUUGCCUCCUUGGGCCUGGGAUUCGUUUGUGCCAAUAAGACUGAAGUGAACCUGGUGCUGGAGCAGGGCGUGCCACCAGAGAGCAUCAUCCUAUCAGGCGUCUGCAAGCAGCUGGCACUCAUCAAGUAUGCUGCCAAGAACAACGUUCAGCAUCUUGUGUGCGAAAAUGAAGCAGAGUUGUCCAAGAUUUCCCGCCUGCACCCUAGUGCAAAGUUGCUGCUUCAGUUGACCACUGAGGCCCACGCGGCUGAGACCAGCAUGGCCUUUGGCUUCUCUCUAAAGAGCUGCCGGCACGUGCUGGAAGCAGCUAAGGACCUUGGAGUCCAGGUGGUGGGGGUGACCUUCCACCUCCCCAGCUCCUGCCAGGACCUGCAACAGGCCUACUCUCAUGCUCUGUCAGAUGCCCGCUGUGUGUUUGACAUGGGGGUGGAUCUGGGCUUCAACAUGAACAUCCUGGACAUUGGUGGUGGAUUUACUGGCUCAGAGUUUCAGCUUAAACAGGUUGAGUCUGCAGUCAGGCCGCUGCUGGAUGCUUACUUCCCCCCACUGUCCGGUGUGCAAGUGUUGGCCGAGCCGGGCAGGUUCUACGUAGCCUCUGCUUUCAGCCUGGCUGUCAACGUGAUCGGCAAAAAGGUGGAGACCCGCCACUGGGACGGCCUCACUCAAGGUGUGAACAACGAAGACACAGAGUUCCUGUACUACAUGAAUGAGGGUGUUUAUGGCCCAUUCAGCCACAAGCUGCUCGGGAAGUCCAUCGCUGCCCCGUCAGUGCACAAGCAUGCACUGUGCGCCGAGGAGGGAGUGUUUCCCAGCAGCCUGUGGGGCCCGUCCCUGGACCAGCUGGACCAGGUGGUGGAGCGCUGCUUGCUGCCUGAGCUCAGUGUGGGAGACUGGCUUUGCUUCUCUAACAUGGGAGUGUGUGGCCUAGAUGAGUUCAGCUGCCUCUCCAACUCCCCCCAGCUGCCCGUCUACUACACUGUCUCCACCUGUGACUGGUACGAAAUGCAGGAGGCCGGUGUGACACUGGACAGUGCCAUGACGAAUUUCUCCCUGGUGGAGUACAGUGCGUAACUACCCUCUGCCUCUGUCCCAUAACUAUUGCUCAGAUCCUCUUUAGCUCCUCCUUCCACUAUGUGAGAGGAUGGGUCAGUGAGGUUUUUGGGACAAUGGGCUUAAUGUGGUCAACAUUCCAGCCACCUUGGAAAAUGCAGUGUCCUAUUAUUUCUUCCAGGAAUUUCACUUUUUUUACCUCUGGAAAUUGGAAACAAUUGGUUAUGAGAUACCUCAAUUGUCUAAAAUUUGAUAUGGAAGAUAAUCUUUUCAUUCUCGCUCCUCCCUCCUACGGACUUCAAAAAUCUGUCGACUAAAGGAACUCCAGCUCAAAAGACAUUAUGCAACAAAAUGGACGACUCUUUGGAGAUGGACCCCCCCCCCAACAUGUUUGGGGGGAGGUUUGUUUCCUAAAUCAAAACCAGUUUACACAAUGUACAAUUGAUUAAAGUUGUGUUCUCUAUUGAUUACCUGUUGACAGUCAUGUUAAUCCUGUGUCUGUCCAACAUCAACUUAUUUUGUCUGUAGAUGAUUUUUUAAGUUUUAAAGAAAAGCAAUGCCUCGUGUGGAUUCUGACCUUCAGACCCCUCACUUUGCAUAGUUUAAAUGAAAUUUGGACAAUGAUGUAACCUAUUUCUUGAUUGCAGCUCACCUCAAUGCAUUUUUAUUUAUUAGAUUCAGAUAUUAAUGGGGCAUAUUUAAAGCUCCGUCUUUAUGUGUGUUUUGCUGAGGUAUUAUGCUGUGGCCCAUCUAACAGUAUUUUCCUGAUAAGAUAUUGAUGUGUUUUUUAACGCUACAUGGAUUGUGCUGUGAUUACCAUUUGUGACCUCAGUGGUUUCCCUUUACUCGAAAGGCAUGAAGGAAACGUGUCGGAGGUACAGAGGAGCUGCUGGCACCCUUAUUCACUCCUUGCCUAGAGAUUGAUCCAGUUUUAAAUGCACAAAAUAUGUUAUAGGUUAAAUUAUUACCAUGAUAUUUAACAGCUCAGUUCUGAUUUCAUAUCAGUGUGUCUUGCCAUGGGAUUAUUAUUCCUUGUUCUAUAGGAUCUGAAUACCAGCAAAUGAGAUAUUUCGGAAGAAUGUUAGAACAUAAACUAUGUGGCAGAUGCUGAGUUAACUCAUCUAUCUCUCACUUAAAAGACAUGCUAGCUGUACACACACCUAUCUGAGGCAGUGCAAAUGAAAACAUCUUGCCAGACUUUUCCUCAUGCCUCUUAAGUUAAGAGGGACACAAUGCACAGUCUCAUGUACAACUAAAUGUCUGAUAAGGUGACCUGACUAAACUGCAGUUUUUAAAGACUCCUGCCCUUGUGUGUAAUAAAUGACUAAUGUAUUAAAUAAUUGCUCGUCUAAGGCACUAAUGGACCAUAGCCUGUUUUUGACUGUAAAUUGUGCUUGUUAAAGUUAUGAAAGUGAUUAAUUUAAUACAUUUCUGACUGAAAUAA